CCUGUUACAGCCAUAUAUAACAGCCAGCACACUGUACAUGGCUAGAACAUACACGAGCCUUCGGGUCAGAACGCUGCCUGCAUUUCUCAUCUGGUGUUGCAUCCAACUUUAGAACUUUGGACUUGUCCGUUGGCCAAGAUGCCCGUGGGAUUAAAACACAAUUCUACCACCCAGUGGACUCCUAUUCCUGUCGCUAUAAUAGGUAACGGUCCCUCCGGAAUCUGCCUGUCGUACCUGCUGUCUGGUUAUACUCCGUAUGUAAAGGACGGAGCCGUACACCCAAACCCCAUACUUCAGAGGAAGCUGGAGGAAUCCCCUCGGUCUCCCCUCACACUGCAGGAUCUUGAGUACCUGUCGGAAGGUUUGGAGGGACGAUCGCACAGCCCCGCCGCUCUGCUCUUUGAUUCUCUCCUUCGGCCAGACACAGAUUUUGAAGGAGACGUGGAUUCUGUGCUCACGUGGAAAUUAGAGCCCCAGAAUGCCAUAACACAUGUGGUGUUGGGAAGAGAUCCUCCUGGGGGUGCAUGGAACGCUAUCGAGGGAUCAAUGAUCACACUGAGUCGUGGGGACUGGAUGGGUCUUCCAGACUUAUCUUUCAAAGACUGGACAAGAAUAAAAAGGAGGAAACUCAGAAAUGAUCGAUCCACCGCAGGUGACAUCCUAAAUUAUUACCAAUAUUAUGUAAAAAAUAAGGGACUGGAGGACAAUUUCAUCUCAGGCACAACUGUCACAUCUGUGGUAAAAAUUGACAAGCAUGCCUUGAAUGGUCACGAGAACGAGAAACAAUAUGAGGACAGCACAGAGGACAACAGCAUCUUUCAAGUGAAUGGUUACUUUGAAGAUGAGUUUGGUGCCCAGCAGAAUUUCUCUCUCCACGCAGAGAAAGUGGUGAUUGCCACUGGUACGUACGACAGCCCAUCAUGGUUGGGAAUUCAAGGAGAAGAGCUCCCAUUCAUUUCACACCAAAUAUCAGCCUUGGAGGAGGCUAUCAAGACAAAGCUUGUUCACCCGCACUCAGACCCGGUGCUAAUUGUUGGGGCAGGACUGACGGCUGCGGAUGCCAUUCUUCUUGCUCAUCACUAUAACAUUCCUGUGAUUCAUGCCUUUAGAAGACGUGUCAACGACCCAGCACUCAUCUUCAACCAGCUUCCACAAGUCAUGUACCCAGAGUAUCACAAAGUACAUCAGAUGAUGAAGGAACAGUCUGUUUUUCAAGAUAGUCCAUACCAAGGUUACCUCAGCCUCCCUCAGCACCAUGUUACCAGUUUCCAUGGUGACAAGAAGUGCACCUUCAAGGACAAGCAUGGACAAUGCAAAGUUUUUAACGUUUCCAUGGCUCUGGUUCUUAUUGGCUCCAACCCCAACCUUUCCUUCCUUCCAGACAAUGGAACCAAUCUGGCUGUAGACCCUGAGCUGCCUGUCACUUCCAAAAGAAACCCUCUGGACAUUGACCCAUUCACAUACGAAUGCACCCAGGAGAAAGGACUCUAUGCAGUCGGACCCCUGGCUGGUGACUAUUUUGUGCGAUUUGUACAAGGAGGUGCCUUAGCUGUUGCAAGCUCACUUAUAAAGCUGCGGAAAAGGCCUCCUUAAUAACUACAUUCGACUGUCCUAUGAUAUAUUCAGUUGCUUCUGUGUAAAUCAGCAGCUUCCACCCAGGGUUCUUACAAAGAGGGUUCCUCGAUGUCUAACCAAGGCCGUAAAGCUUAAAGAGGGACGUUAAAGCCACCCUGGAACAAUGGUGCCACAUAUACAUAGUGCCUCUCUACCUCCAGGGGUUCAGCCGGUUUACAACGAUUUCACAUAAAAAAGUGCUAGAAGAUUUGUUCCCUAAAACAUUGGUUCUUUUGCAUAGAAAUAUG